UUUUGUGUUAUACUUUGAUUGUGUGGUGGUAUAAAAUGAAAAAGAAGUUACGUGUAUCAAGAGAAGAAGAAAACGGACAAAUUUAAUUGAGGCUGUCAGGCAACAGAUCAAUCAACAGUGCAAUUGUGUAUUUGUGUCGGUAGAUAAAGUCAUCACUUGUGCACGUUCUAUAUUUCAUUGGUUAAAUCGAUACAUUCAAUGGAUUUCUAGUGGCCAUAUAAAUAACAUAUUGGUGCUCCUGAGUCAAAUAAUGAAAACAGUUGUUGCUUGAAUUGCUCCCUCCACACAUGAAAAAAAGUGAAAGUUGAAUGACAAGAAACAUUGUCCGUAAAAUUUCGUUCAUGCCACAAAAUUACAUAUCAAAUUGAAUUUGAUUUACAUUUAAAUUUAAAAACUCUGCAUAUAGUCAUAGUAAAGUCAUUUAUAGUAAAGGUCUAAUACGUUGCUUGUCGCUUGUGUAUACGUAAGCAGUAUCGCAAAUAAACUCAGAAAGUUCAAAAAGGAAAACACAUUUAGCCGUUAAUUUUUGGAAACAAUGUCAACUCCGUUUGCAUCGAAAUUAUUCGAAAAUUCGAGCAACAAUACUGACGGUUGGGAUGAAUGGGACUGGGUAGAUAAUAACAAUUCGUCUAGUGCAAAGGGUCAACAGCAGGCGCAGUUUAUCUCACAGCCCGUCCAAAUUGGUUUCGCAGCUCAAAAUAUACAGGCACAAGUGUCAGAUAAUGGGUCAAACUACUUAGGCCCGUCCAACCAAAUUCCACCACCAACAAUAGAUCAGUUUACGGCAACUUUGCCAAAUAAUAAUCAGAUAAAUAAUGCUAGCGGAUUUUAUCAAGAUGACAAUUUCCAGUUUCAAGCAUCAUUUGUGAAUAAUAAUCAAAGUGCAAAUAACAAUUUCGUGCAAUCAGCAACGCCAAGUAUUCAACAUGUUCACAGUUCAUCAAAUUCAGUAGGUUUUAUGCAAAUUGAGGGCCAUGAAACCACUAUAACUCCUGUACCAGUCCUAACGCCCCCAACCGGAAAUCCCGCUAUAGACCAGAAUAUUCAGAACGUACCUCUAAAUGCAAAAUCGGAAAUCGGCAUGGUUAUAGUUGCAAGUGCACAAAUUCAAAAUCCACCAGCUGCGACUUUAUUGGAAUCUAAUAAUGCGCCGAGUGUCCCAGUUUUUAGUAAUAAUCUAUUACCACCAGUUCUACCACCACCGGCAUUUAAUCAGUCACCAUUUGCAAAUACCAAUCCUUUCAAAAGAGUUGGCUCUCAUGCACAUAGAACACCACCUCCACCACCUGUAUUGACUGCUUCAUCUGCGGGUCCAAUUCCAACGGCUGAAAUUUUUAACAAUCCGCUACACUCGCCAGAUACUAACGAUCCAAUAACUCAUAAUGAUAGAAAUGAGUAUUUGCAAACCGGUCAUUUGUCAGGGGAUGGUGAAAUCAAUGUACUUACAUCAACUGUAGAUACCCAAACUCUAUACAGCUCCAGUGAUGGGAACGGUGAUAGCUUGCCACCACCAGGCCUAUCAAGAUUUGUUUUAGGUGAACAAGAAACAAACGAGUCGAACAACAUACAGCCACCACCAGGAUUAGAUCGUCUCGUUACAGGCACCGAAAUCAAUCAAUCCGAUAUAAAUAUGGAGCGUCAAGCUGAUGGUCAAGAUAACGCCGACGCAACAGUACCACCACCAGUUAUCAGUCGAAACAACAGUCAAUUCUCAAGUGUUCAAGCACAUCCAUCGGCUUCGAACCUAUCCUCAUCGCAUUCGAUUGAAAGUCAAAGCUACGAAAAUGAUAACUUCGAACCAAUAUCAGAAUCUGAUCGUAAUCAGUAUUUGGUAGCCGGAGAAAAUAUUGUGGACAACACAGCAUCGGCUAAAAUUAUAUCAAAUGCAAAUAUUCAACGAGUGGUCACUGGACUAGAGAAUGUUGAAAAUCAAGAUAUUUCUUUGCCAAAAAAUCAGCGUGAACUGGACAUGGAUGGAGAAAAUAUCGAAGAUCAACAGCAACAACAGCAACAAACUCAAAGUCGUUUGGGAAAUACAACGAAUACUCUAUCACACACAGAUUCAGUUGAAGACUUAGAUACAUCCGGCAAUUAUAACCAGAAAUUUCAGUCAAAUGCAUCAACGGGAGAUGAUAGUGAUCGUGAUAAAGCCUAUUAUAAUCGCAACAAAGGUCAAUCAAAUAAAAGAGUUGAUGAAAGGCGCAAAAAACGAGACGAUUUACGAUAUGAAACCGAAGAUACUGACCAUAGCAAUCGAGAGAAAAGACAUCCGAAAGAUAGUGACCGAUAUACCGAAAAAGAGAGGGGCCACCGGGGUAGAAAUGUUGACAUUGAUGAUGAUGAUAGCCGUACAUAUCGACGUGGCGAAAAACAGUAUCGACCUCCUAGCCGUGAUGAUGAAGAUCGAUAUGAAGGACGAUACAGAUAUGGUGAUGGCAGAUCGCACCGAGAAAAUAGAUAUCGAUAUGAAACAGAUGGGUCACAUUAUGAAAAAAAAGACUCUCGCUAUGACCGAAACCAACGACCCAACGAUCGAGAAAGAGAAGAUAAUUAUGGACGAUACCGUGAUGAUAGAUACUACAAGUCAAAAGAAUAUGAUCGUGAAGGCAGAGACGAACGAGGUAAAUAGCGAAUAAAAAGACGAAAUGAACAUAAAACAUAUGAGUGGUCGGGAAUAAAAAUGACUAAAGUUGAACCUAUGGAUAACCGUAACACAAUAUUCUUGAUUUUUAAAAGUGCAACAUAAAUUCUGUUCGCUUGAAAGUGAAUCGUAAAA